UCAGAUGGUGAUUGAGGAGGUGAGCGUUCUGCAGACUCAGCUGGAGAUCGAGAAGUCGUGCCGGGAGAAUGCAGAGGCCCUGGCCACAAAGCUGAACUGUGAGAACAGGAAGUUGAAGUACCUCAGUCUGUCGUCUCGCCCCUGUUUGGACGAGCUGCUGCCCAGCAUCUCAGACUGCAUUGCUCUGGAGGCUGACGCAGACGCAGACGCUGCAGACGGAAGUCCUGACACCUUCACACAGUACCAACAACAGGUUAAAGAGCUGAGGGAGACGGUGAACACAUUACUGGAGGAGAAGAAGAACUUCAUGUGUCAGAUUCACGAACAGCAGAGACGGAUAGAAGAGCUGAGCUCACAGUCGGAGAAAGAUCAGGCCGACAUGAAGGAGCUCCGUGAAACUGUUGAUCAACAAAGUAAAACCAUCAAGAGGUUCAACAGAGUGUCCAUGAUGGCGGCUCAGGAGUACGAAGGGAUGAAGGACCAGCUCGACUUGGAGCAGAGCCUCAGAGUCAAAGCUGAGACCUACGCACACGAGAUGCUGGUGAAGCAGAAGGAGGCCAACAGGCAGAGCAUGCUGCUGCUGCAGAAUGCUGAGCCCAGCGUUCAGCUCCUCAAAGCUCUGGAGGACGUCGCUGCCAUCACCAAAACCCUGGAGGAGGAGCGCCUGCAGCAUCAGCAGAAGGUGGAGAGCCUGGAGGCCCAGCUGGAGCAGAGCUGUGUGAAGAAGCAGCUGGAGGCUCUGCAGAGGCAGCUGGAGCUGCUGGAGGUCGCCAAGAAGGAGGUGGAUGGACGACUGGAGCAGGCAGAGAAGAAGAACGAGGAGCUGGAGAAAAGAGACGGCAUAGCAACACGCCCACGGAUAAAAAUUGAACAGUACUAUGGGUAUGGCUGA